UGAGAUAAGAUCGCGAUUUUACGCCGUUUCGAAUUAGCCGCGGAAGUCUAUAAAGCAGCGGUGGCCAGAUUUCCCUUUGGAAGUCCAAACUUGGGAGUGAUCGUCGGCUAACUGAUAAGUAGUCGGAUCGAUUUUUUCGAAACAUGGCGCUGAGUCUCUUCCUUCUUGCCCUCUGCCUGCUUUCCGGAUUCUCGGUUCAGGCAUCUAUCUCCGGGAGAAUCGUCGGUGGGGAAAUUGCCGAAGUUAAUGAAUUCCCCUGGCAUGUCUCGCUCAGGGUUCCCGGAGGUCACAUUUGCUCAGGAUCACUGGUCUCAGUUCAGCACGUUCUUACCGCCGCCCACUGCGUCAGCGGUAUCAAUAUCACGGAGUUGAACGUCGUGGCUGGAUCCAACAGCCUGGUAAGCGGCGGUGUGACACGUGGGGUUAGAACCAUUUACAUUCACUCUCAGUACUCCAGUCCUGAACCAGCCUAUCAUGUCCAGGACGUCGCUGUGCUCGUCCUGAGUGAAGCGGUCGUGGAGUCGGAGUCCGUCCGGUCGAUCGCCUUGGCGAUAGAAGACGUUCCCGUGGGAGCGGUGGCAGUGACUUCAGGAUGGGGAAGGACGUUGCCGGAAAGUGGUGUGCUGCCGACGGACCUGCAGAAGUUGAACACGACGAUACUGAACCAGACCGUUUGUCAGACACAGUGGGGAAACACGUCGAUAAACGUCGACCAUCUCUGCGGGGCCCAAACGUCCAGUUCAGGCGUCUGUCACGGUGACAGCGGCGGCGCUCUGGUCUACAACAACCAGGUCGUCGGCAUCGUUUCCUGGGCGAAUCCCUGCGGCUGGGGAUAUCCGGACGUCUACACGCGAGUUUAUUAUUACCUCUACUGGAUCGGAUGGUACGUUCACAACACGGAGCUCGAGACACCGACGGUUGAAGAGUCGACGAGCCACCAACCUUCGCUGAGAGAUGCUAACCACGCGAUGACGAUAUUCUUCGCGUGCUUCGCUGUCAGGAAAUUUUUUUCUGCUCAAUAGGGUGAAAUAAAUAUAAAUAAAGAAUUAUGUUUUUUAAA